GCUGCGGGAGACCUAGGCGGCUCUGCGGUCGCAGCUCCCUCGUCGCCUUCCUCCUCCUCCUCCUCCUCCUCCUUCUCCCGCGGCUCGAGUGCCCAGGCGGCUCCUGGUGGCGACGCUGCCCUGGGUGGGAGGCGCGGCCCCGCGCGCGGCAGCUGAGCCCUCGGCGCGGCGCAGCCAGCUCUCCCGCCCGCCAGGCGCCGUGACAGGUGCAGGGUCCCCGCCCGGGACCCACCUGCAGGGGCUGCCGCGAUGCCCACCAUGCGGAGAACCGUGUCGGAGAUCCGCUCUCGGGCGGAAGGUUAUGAGAAGACAGAUGAUGUUUCAGAGAAGACCUCGCUGGCUGAUCAGGAGGAAGUAAGAACCAUAUUCAUCAACCAGCCUCAGCUGACAAAAUUCUGCAACAAUCAUGUCAGUACUGCAAAAUACAACGUGAUCACAUUCCUUCCAAGAUUCCUGUACUCUCAGUUCCGAAGAGCAGCUAAUUCGUUCUUUCUCUUUAUCGCCCUGCUCCAGCAAAUACCCGACGUGUCGCCGACAGGUCGAUACACAACACUGGUUCCUCUCUUAUUUAUUUUAGCUGUGGCAGCUAUCAAAGAGAUAAUAGAAGAUAUUAAACGACACAAAGCCGAUAAUGCGGUGAACAAGAAACAGACACAAGUUUUGAGAAAUGGUGCUUGGGAAAUUGUUCACUGGGAAAAGGUGGCGGUGGGGGAAAUAGUGAGAGUGACCAAUGGGGAACACCUCCCGGCAGAUCUCAUCAGUCUGUCCUCAAGCGAGCCCCAGGCCAUGUGCUACAUCGAGACAUCCAACUUAGAUGGCGAGACCAACCUGAAAAUCAGACAAGGCUUACCAGCAACAUCGGAUAUCAAAGACAUUGACAGUCUAAUGAGAAUUUCUGGCAGAAUUGAGUGUGAAAGUCCAAACCGACAUCUCUACGAUUUUGUUGGCAACAUAAGGCUUGAUGGACAUGGCACUGUUCCCCUGGGAGCAGACCAGAUUCUUCUUCGAGGUGCUCAGUUGAGAAAUACUCAGUGGGUUCAUGGGAUAGUUGUCUACACCGGACACGACACCAAGCUGAUGCAGAACUCCACAAGCCCGCCACUUAAACUCUCCAAUGUGGAGCGGAUUACAAAUGUACAAAUUCUGAUUUUAUUUUGCAUCUUAAUUGCCAUGUCUCUCGUCUGCUCUGUGGGCUCAGCCAUUUGGAAUCGAAGGCAUUCCGGGAAAGACUGGUACCUCCAUCUCCACUAUGGUGGCGCUAGUAAUUUUGGACUGAACUUCUUGACUUUCAUUAUCCUUUUCAACAACCUCAUUCCCAUCAGCUUGUUGGUUACAUUAGAAGUGGUAAAAUUUACCCAGGCAUACUUCAUAAAUUGGGAUCUUGACAUGCACUACGAGCCCACGGACACUGCCGCCAUGGCUCGGACGUCUAAUCUGAAUGAGGAGCUUGGCCAGGUUAAAUACAUAUUUUCUGACAAAACUGGGACCCUGACAUGCAAUGUGAUGCAGUUCAAGAAAUGCACCAUCGCGGGCGUGGCUUAUGGCCAUGCCCCCGAACCUGAGGAUUAUGGGUGCUCGCCCGAUGAAUGGCAGAGCUCACAGUUUGGAGAUGAAAAAACAUUUAGUGACUCAUCAUUACUGGAAAAUCUCCAGAAUAACCACCCAACUGCACCUAUCAUCUGUGAGUUCCUCACAAUGAUGGCAGUCUGCCACACAGCUGUACCAGAGAGAGAAGGCGAGAAGAUCCUUUACCAGGCAGCAUCUCCAGAUGAGGGAGCGCUGGUCCGAGCGGCCAAGCAGUUGAAUUUUGUCUUCACUGGAAGAACACCUGACUCGGUCAUCAUAGACUCACUGGGGCAGGAAGAAAGAUAUGAAUUGCUCAAUGUCCUAGAGUUCACCAGCGCUAGGAAGAGAAUGUCGGUGGUGGUGCGGACUCCGUCCGGGAAGUUACGGCUGUACUGCAAAGGAGCUGACACAGUAAUUUAUGAAAGACUUGCAGAGACUUCCAAGUACAAAGAAAUCACCCUAAAACACUUAGAACAGUUUGCUACGGAAGGGCUGAGGACCUUGUGUUUUGCUGUGGCUGAGAUCUCCGAGAGUGACUUCGAGGAGUGGCGGGCUGUCUACCAACGAGCAUCCACGUCGGUGCAGAACAGGCUGCUGAAGCUGGAGGAGAGCUACGAGCUGAUCGAAAAGAAUCUUCAGCUACUUGGAGCUACAGCCAUUGAGGAUAAAUUACAAGACCAAGUUCCCGAAACCAUAGAGACGCUAAUGAAAGCUGACAUCAAAAUAUGGAUCCUUACUGGGGACAAGCAAGAAACCGCCAUUAAUAUUGGACACUCCUGUAGACUUCUGAAGAAGAACAUGGGAAUGAUCGUUAUCAAUGAAGGCUCUCUCGAUGGAACCAGGGAAACUCUCAGUCGGCACUGCACCACCCUUGGAGAUGCCCUGCGGAAGGAAAACGAUUUUGCGCUUAUAAUUGAUGGGAAGACCCUCAAGUAUGCCUUAACCUUCGGAGUCCGGCAGUACUUCCUGGACUUGGCUUUGUCCUGCAAAGCUGUCAUUUGCUGCAGGGUUUCUCCUCUUCAGAAGUCUGAGGUGGUUGAGAUGGUCAAGAAACAAGUCAAAGUCAUCACACUUGCGAUUGGCGAUGGAGCGAAUGACGUCAGCAUGAUACAGACGGCCCAUGUGGGGGUUGGGAUAAGCGGGAACGAAGGUCUGCAGGCAGCCAACUCUUCCGAUUACUCCAUAGCUCAGUUCAAGUAUUUGAAGAAUUUGCUGAUGGUUCAUGGUGCCUGGAAUUACAACAGAGUCUCCAAGUGCAUCCUGUACUGCUUCUACAAGAACAUCGUGCUCUACAUCAUUGAGAUCUGGUUUGCCUUUGUCAAUGGCUUUUCUGGACAAAUCCUCUUUGAGAGAUGGUGCAUAGGACUUUAUAAUGUGAUGUUUACAGCGAUGCCUCCCUUGACGCUUGGAAUAUUUGAGAGAUCAUGCAGAAAGGAGAACAUGUUAAAAUACCCUGAGUUGUACAAAACGUCUCAGAAUGCUCUGGACUUCAAUACCAAGGUUUUCUGGGUUCAUUGUCUGAAUGGCCUCUUCCACUCCGUUAUUCUCUUUUGGUUCCCACUCAAAGCCCUUCAGUAUGGCACGGUAUUUGGAAAUGGGAAAACCUCAGAUUACCUGCUUCUGGGAAACUUCGUUUAUACUUUUGUAGUGAUCACUGUGUGUUUGAAAGCGGGACUGGAAACCUCCUACUGGACGUGGUUCAGCCACAUUGCCAUCUGGGGCAGCAUCGCGCUCUGGGUGGUGUUCUUUGGAAUCUACUCAUCUCUGUGGCCUGCCGUUCCCAUGGCUCCUGAUAUGUCUGGAGAGGCAGCCAUGCUCUUCAGCUCUGGAGUCUUUUGGAUGGGCUUGCUCUCCAUUCCUGUGGCUUCCUUGCUUCUGGAUGUGCUGUGCAAAGUUAUCAAGAGGACCGCCUUUAAAACAUUAGUGGAUGAAGUUCAGGAGCUGGAGGCGAAAUCUCAGGACCCAGGGGCAGUCGUACUUGGAAAGAGCCUCACGGAGAGGGCACAGCUGCUCAAGAAUGUCUUUAAGAAGAACCACGUCAACCUGUACCGCUCCGAGUCCCUACAGCAGAACCUGCUCCACGGCUACGCUUUCUCUCAAGAUGAAAACGGCAUCGUCUCACAGUCUGAAGUGAUUAGAGCCUAUGAUACCACGAAACAGAGGCCAGAUGAGUGGUGAUAAGGAGGCCUAAGCAACAGGCCCUGCUGUGUCUCUGAGGAGAGCCGUCACAAUCUGAGGUCAUCCCUGCAGUCUGCUGACCAAUCCCAGUCUGGUCCAUGGGGAGAAAAAGUGGAUCCGAGCUCAUCUCCCAGAUGGAUUUCAGGGACAUAAGCACUAUGUGAUCACUCUAACAUCAUCGCCCUCAGAUGCUCUCCAGUACCUGCUAAGGCUUUGUAAACCGGUAUUGGAAAUGACCUUGUGUCUUGCCUGAGUGCUUUCUCAAAGUGGGGACCGGUCAGUGUUCACAAGCCGCCCCUCUGGGCCUGUAGCUCUCAGUUCAUUGGCUCAAUGACCCGUCAAUCAACCAUUUAAAAAACAACUCCGAAAUGGUGUUAAGAGAAGGGACUCUGUAUAGCUAGACUUAGAUUUCAGGAUAUGCUGAAACACGCCAGCAUUCUUGACUCACUCUACUGAACACUUCUAAACAAGGCAUUAAUACGUGUUUGUGUCAAUAAAGUGUCUUGCUUAAUGUUUGCCAAAGACGUUCAGUGCGUGUGUUUCUCAUUCAGUAGUCAACUGCCCAGAAACGUAAAGGAGAGUUUCCUCGCAGUACUGCUGUUCGAUCUGCAUGCUUGACUUUUCAAAUGUGAGCGCGACUUGCAAAAAUUGAACAUGUCCAGGCGUUUGCUACUAAAAUCUGUGAUGUCGCACCUUCGGCCUUACAACUGCUUCUCCGUCGAUUGUUCUCUUUAUUUGUCCCAUCAGAGAGACCUGUCCGCGUGUGACCAUUGUUACCGCACUGAUUUCUUUCUUAACUCUGUUGUCUGUCAUUUCUGAUGAACUUUAGACUCCCUUUAGAUGCUCGUAGAAAUCUGGCUUCUGCUGUGUAUUGAGUGAUGUCACUGGGUCUUCAUUAUUUUUUCCCUCCUAAGAAAAUUAUGCUUAUGUAUUUAUGUGGGAUUUCUGAAACUUCUGUGUCGAUGUUUGGGAUAAUCCAUCAGAUAAUGCAUGGGCUUUUUGUCAUGUGCCUAGGCUCGGCUUUUGUCCUGUGUUCUGUUUGGUCCUCGCUGUGUGUUCCCACUGGAGAUGAUAUAUGUAGCACAGUUGGUGUGUCAGUGAUACCCAUAUGCUUCACCCUUAAAAUUAUUUCACAGUUCGCUCAACCAAGAGUUCCCAAAGUGAGCACGUACUGCUAAUUGACACGAGACAGAUAAGUAGCAUGUUUCCCUCGUUUUAAGGAAAUAGCUAUAUUACUCCAGUAAACCUUCCAGUCAAUGAAUACUUCUUCUCAUCAUGAGUGGGGCUCACUGAUACGUUUUCAAAUAUAUGUUCAUUCUCAUUAGUUUUGGCAUUUCCAUGAAAUCUCCUGAAAAAAAAAAUGCCUAUUUUGCUACCAACAAUAAAUGGUGAAGGGGCUGUUUAAGAACCACACCCUGUUUUCUACAGUUUUUACAACAUGUUUUUCAUCUUAAAAGAUUAAAAAGGGAGUUCUAGUUUUCAGAUACACUUCAGAGAUCGAAACGAACUCUUCUGCCUUUUAUCCAAAAGCCUGUUUGCCUUUAAGUGGGUUACCAGCAAAACAGGGACCUUUAAACGUGUGAAAGGACUAGCUUUGAGAAGAGGGAGCUUCCAAAUUACCCCCCAUUUCAUCAUUGACAUCGUUUUCCCUGUUUUUCUCAGUCUAGAUUUAAAAUUAGACUGUGUUUCUUCCUCCUCUAAAUUUGUAGCUAGUUAACCAGUGUGUCUCUGCAUUCCCUACAAAUGAGAGGUCCUAAACCCCCACAGAAUUCUGAAGGGAGCAGAGUGGACACACUCCACAUCUCAAACCUGUCUGUCCUGUUGGAGCUUAGAUGAAGCAACCCACAAAUCAAAACAUCCAGCAGAAGUGCACACAGAGACUCGAAGGUGAUCUUUCACAUUGGGAGGCUGGAGACUUUAACCUUCUACCAACUAAGUGUGGCGAGUGGGUUCUCCUCAGCCUCCUGGUGGUGACAGUGGAGAUCCACACCACAGAAAUGAGUGGUUCCCCAAGGAUGGCUUCCCUUUGCCCUCUCCAGCAGAGGCGGCUGUCUCCGGGUUCCUCACAUCAGAGCGUUGUGGAUGAGAAUGGAAUCUUCUGCCCUCCGCAUGAAAAUCUAAAGCCCUUUUUUUUUUUCUUGAAUCAUGAAUUAUUUUGAUGGAAUGCCUCCACAUGAGAAUACUCAUGGUUAAUCAGUAUAGUUCAUACCCUGAAAUGAAGCUCUUUAUGCCUGGUCAUCCCUGGAUCCUGUGUUUGAAUGGUGGACAUGAAGUCAAGUCUCCCUGUUUCUUGGGUUGGGGAUCGCACAGGGAGUGGCCACUUGGGUAAGACUUGAAAUAGAGAAUUGCUGUUGCAGUGGGUGUGUGAUACCCUUGAGUUUCUAACCUGUGUUAGCUGAGGGGAAACGCUCAUGGUUUUACCGGGAUUUGAAUCACAGCAGUCAAAGUGACUUUAAACCUGUUUUUCUGAAAAAAAAAAAAAAAAAAAAAAAAACAACAAUAUGUAACUCCAGUUUGAAACUCCUCGCUAGGGACUCUAGUAAGUGCUGACAUGACUGCUUUGUAAUGUUUACAAUCCAGAAAAUACUAUUUAUAGCAGAAAACCCUCAUCACUUUAGCAUUGAAAAGCUGGGCGUUUCUUCCUUCUUCAUGUUGGAAUAUACACAGUAGUAUACAACAUGGACUUUCUCUAUGUAUUAUACAUGUGAAAAUGCUUUGGUGUCUGGCACCCUGAAAGAUGCUAUGUUGUAGAAGGUAUUAGCAGGAAAGCAGUGUUCUCAGGAACAUAGGAAAUUUAACAUGAUAAGCAGGCUUCCUGGCUGGAACUCCUCUUGGCGCUCUGUGUGAGAUGGCGUCAGCAACAAAAGAGAACUUACUGGAAAGCUUUCUCACCCAGGCAAGAGGACGGAUACUGCCAAAUCAGGGAGCCAUGAGUUGUAUUAUCAUUAAGGAGAAUCGGUAGUUCUUUUUCUCCCUGACAGACAAAGUGAAUUCUAGAAAUGACCAGCAUGUAGUCUCAGCAUUUAAUUAUAUAUUGUAAUUUUUCCACUCCAUAUCCCUGAUAGCUGGGAUGAUAGUUACAGGUUAAUUUGUCCUAUACUUAGUGCCACCCUCAUAAGCUGUCAUGGAAAAAAGUCCUUUCAGAAAGCAAAUGCGAGUCAGAGAGCAAUAGCGACAUCCUCUGAAAACAGUGUGUGGCGAUCACAAAGCCACCUGUUCAUCACGCGGUUGGUUUUUGAUGGUUCCAGGUCUUAAAACUUGUUUCACGAAAUGAACCUUUAGUCUAAACAGUAAACUACAAACUUUAGUCCCACUUACUCACACCGUGGUGACCAGGUAUGUGGGAUUCCUUCUGUCCAUUGCUGACAGCAACACCACGUGGCUCUGUGCCUCAAAAAUGCUUUUUAAUGAUGAGUAUUUCUGGAUGCCUCUUGAACAUACCAUAGCCUGAUUUUUCUCACAUUGAAAUAAAAACACUUGUGAAACUUAGUUAUACUUUGCUGUGUUUUAAUUAACCUUCAACAGCUAUUGAAAUGGAAUGUAAGUUAAGUUUUGAAGAAAAUAAAUGCUGUCCGUGUUUUGUAUUGAUUUAUUUUCUGUAGAAGAAGAGCUGUUAGGGUCUUUUGUUUUUGUGCGUGUUUGGUUUUUUUUUGUUUUGUUUUGUUUUUUGAUAGGUUUAUGGUUUGCAUGAACUAAUAUUUAAAGUGAUCCACACAAAUGCAUGGCUUUUGUAAAAAUCUCGAUAUUUAUUUCUGUCUUAUAAAACUUUAUCAUGGCCUAACUAGAAUUUAAUAUUCAGUGGACAAAUUAAUUGGUCCUCCACACCUUUUUAAAAAAAAAAAAAAAAAAAACUAAAUGGAUUAUUUUACAAGCUUCAACAAAUUCAAUUGAAUCUUUUUAUUUAAUUGAAUCUUCUGUUUAGCUUGCCUCCAAGAGCUUUUCUUUAGUAAGUUCAUGAAACUUCUCAGCAAAUAAAUCUUCCCUAAGUAGUGGACUGAAUAUGUGUUUAUUUUGAAUUAACAGCAACUUUCCAUGGGUAAGUUUGCUAUGGCAAAGAUGUGAGCAGACUAUUUUUCUUUAUUCCCAGUCAUAGCCUAGAAGCCAUAAAUGAAGUGAGCGCCGUUUGUUACUAGCCUCUUCAAGCUUUGUUUUUCACUUUUUCAAGUGUAUGACGUUAAAGUAAGAAAGCAGCCUUGGAAGGCUUUGCAGUUUGCAUUGAAGAUAAAAUAGAUGUUCAGCUCUGUGGAAAAGCCAUUCCUGCCGAAACUGCUGUAGAGAUCAUGGCACUGCAUGAGUGGGGAGUGUCGAAUCUGUGUUUAUAGUGGUUCUCUCAGGUUUGUGUAUCUUAAUGUUCAAUGCACUGUGUUUUAUAAAUAGUUACUACCGUUGAGUAAAAUCCAUUUCUAUGCACUGUUACGUGUCAUUGGCCUUUUGUGAAUGUGCAUGUUUUAAACUGCAAAUUUUAAACAUUUGUCCUCUAAUUGUUAUUAAAAAUAAAAUAAACUUUACCAUUACAUAACGGAA